AUGGUGGAGCACAUACCUGAAGAUGUGCUAGUGAAGAUCUUCCAGAGGUUGCCCGUCACAUCUGUUUCGAAGCGCUGGCGCUUCAUCAUUCUCCGAGACCCUCAUUUCGCCGCAGCCCAUUACCAAAUCGCUUCCCACAACAAAACGCUCAGUCACAGUGUCUGCUUCCGUUUCUACCGCGACAGUUACUACCCAUUCAGAUCUAAAUUGAAGUCGUCUUCUUCUCCGGUUGAAGAAACCUUUGCUGCCCUUUUUCAUGGUAAGCAGAAGAUAGAGUGGUAUAUAUGGAACCCAUCAACUGGACUCUCCCAGAAACUACCUGAUCUUGGUGGUCCAAAUGAGUUUCUGAACUUUACUGGUUUCGGCUACGUCUCCGCCACCAACGACUGCAAGAUUCUCAUCGCCAACUCUAGCCUUAAGGAGGGAGAGCAAGCCAAGAUCCACAUCUUCUUGUCGCAAUCCAAAUCAUGGAGAAGGAUUCAAGAUUUUCCAUACUCGAACUUGUCAAUGACAAUGGCGGGGAUUCUUUGUCACGAGGCACUUCAUUGGCUGAGGUUCGAUGUUAUAGUUGCUUUUGAUUUAGCAAAUGAGGAGUUUCGGACAAUGCCACUGCCUGCCAUUAGGGAGGAGUAUGGAGGUGCCUAUUUCAGAAAUGUAGGGGACUUCUGA